CGCUGUCUGCAAGACUGCGUCAGUCUGUUUAAAAACCUGUUGGCAACAGGUUGACCCCGCUCACACUGUGUCAAGACUCAUGGGAUGUCGACAAGACCAUGCCGGUCUCUUUGAUGACCUGAGUGAGAAUUUCUAUGUCCAAUAUAAAAGAAGCCGACGUGGUAAUGACGUUUUUCGAUAUUUAGCAACAGGACAAAAUAUGUCAACUAAGGGUGUGAGAAAUGUAAGAAAAUUGAAGAGGCCAAGGCCACUGAAGCUAGUAUCAGAAGGCAGUAGUCAUCAGAGCACAGUUUCAGCAUCAUCUGGGGACCAGAAUGAGAUCACAAUUGAUGAUGUGAUUCAUGACCUUGAAGCUUUGCAUAUAUCAAUCAACAACAGCAACCUUGAUGACUCCACGUUAUCAAAGAUCAUAAAAGUUUGUAGUCAACUGAAGAGUAAAGGAUUUCAGCUAGAAACAAGCUACAAAGAACAACUAGACCGCUACUUUGUAACAUUAAGGAAUGUAUCAAGGGAUGAACGUUUAAAUGAACUUUGUCGCAUGCACUUACUUGAAGUUAUCGAGUUGAGGGCUAUGAUGUGGAAGAUGAAUGACAAUUUCAACAAUUACUAUAAACAAAAGAUUAUCCAAGUUGAGACUGCGGGCUCAGCAGUAUCAGCCCUGACCACUAAUCAAUCAGUCACUACUGCCUCUCCUAGUUUCGUGUUUGAACAGAAUUCAGUAUAUGUUCCCUCUACCAAUCAAUCCCAGCCUUCUCUAGCACCAGGAGAAGUUUUCAAGUCGUCAGGAAAAUUUGCUAAACCCACCAAAAUUCCUGGGAAGAAUUAUUUCAAGGAUGAAAUCGUUAUUCGUAACUCUGAUUCAGGAAAAGUAAUGGGAAUCAAAGGCCGAAGGGUUCACACGAUUGAGGAGCUGAGCAACACUAUUAUCUCUUUUCAGAGAGUUAGCCCCGGUACUCUGGAUCGUGUUGUCCAGAUCACUGGUUCCAAUGAAGAAUCAAUACAGAAUGCUAAGCUCUUAAUUGAAGACACAAUUCGACGUAAUGCCUCACCAGCAAGGGAGAGUACAGGACAUGAGUGUAGUGAAUCCUCAUCAAGCUUGGCCAGUAAUCUCUCUGAGGACAGCAGUGCUCUUCAGACCCCUUUCAGUAUUGGAGGUAGAAAAUCUCUUAUCCACAGCUACAGCACAGAAGAUGCCACAUUUUGUGAAUAUAGCCAUACUGUGUAUGUUGGGAGGAAUGCUGUUAAACUUUCCAGUGACAAAAAGGAUUUAGUAACAACAGCAAAGCUAGUACUCGAAGAAUUUUUUGCUGGACAAACUGAAAAAAUUGAAAAACAAAAGUCUCCGACAGCAGUGCAUUUUUAUGCAUCUGGUGGCAAUAACCAAGUAGGUAAUAGACGUCCACAGAGCAUGUUUUCUGCAGAUUUUAGUCCAUUUCAGCAAGAUGUGGGUCAGUGGGACUUCAGUGGUGGAGAGGGUGUUGUUCCUUGUUUCCCACUUCCCUGUUAUAGUGAUCCAACAGCUAAGGUUUCAACAUGGCUCUGCAAUGAUGCUAAAACAGGUCAAGUAGAAAAAGAGGCUAGUCCUCACAAUAGCAGCUCCAGCAAUGAAGGAACAUACAAAGCUGGAGAAAAUGCAAGUCCAAUUGAUGAUGAAAAGUCUACCAAUAAAGAGGUUGCCAACAUUCCUUUGGACUCGCAACUUCAAAAUGCACAGCCUGUAAGUGAAUCACAGCUAUUCAAUGUAGGAACAGUUUCAAACAACACAGCUAACCAACUGAUGAAAGUACCUAGUCACCCUGAAGUUUGUACUGAAGUCAGCUGUCUUGUUCCUGAAGCUGGUUCAGUAAAAGUUGUUCGUCAACCACUAUUUCCUGAUAGUAGAAAGGAUGCAUUUGAACAGGCUGAAUCCACUGCAACCAUCAAUGCUCUAAGUGCAAAAGCAAGGAGAACAAAAUUUGCAAGAAUGUCCAGUACUAAUGCUGUUGAAGAAUUCAAUGAGGAGCCUACAUCUACAGUAAGCAGUGUGUCAGGAAUCUGUUAUAGUCGGGACUUUCUCUUGGACUGUGCUUUGUCUCCUCACAGUUCUGCUAUACCUCUGGACCUAGCAUGGAUUGCAAAAGAAGCACCUAGUAUCAUUCGGCAGACAACGACCAUGUUCAAUCCAGUAGUCUACAGAACUCAGACAGCUACUAUGAGGAAAAAGCACAUCCAUAAAGGAGAUUCCACAAGGUUAAGUUCUUCAGAGGACAUGUUGGACAAUAAGUGAUACAUAGAAAUCUGUUAUUAUGUGUUCUUUAUGUUUGUAGUCAGAAGGUUUUUGAUUUUUUUUUAUACUUUUAACAUUCAUUUCCAAAGUUUAUAUACUACAGAGAGAGAGUGAGAACUUAUAAAUUGUUAAAGUUUAUAUGCACUCUUCAUUAUGAAAAGGGCUGAAACUUGUUUAUUCAGUCAAAUUUUUUCAGAACAAAAUGUUGUUGAUAUAUUUUUCUAAAGUUAAUAUCUUGAUGGUAGAAUACUGUAGUGAAAAAUCACAGAACAACUUCUGGGUGUAUCAAGGUUCAAAAUUGGCUCAUACAAAAAAUGGUAAAAUCAGUGUUUUAUCAUCUUUCCAGAAUAGUUGAUGCAGGUUUUCAGUGAACACUGUUAUUGACAGAAUUUGUUGACCACCAUUAUGUGGUUUUAUUAUUGACACACCAUUGUAGCAGUUUAUAUUGGCAUUGUCACAUGUGCAAAUGAAAAAAGAUGUUGAACCUAAUACCAGCUUUACUAGUAUGACAGCUGUUGCAACUCUACCAAGAUAGAGGCAUUUCUGACUACAGUAAGUCAUUGUUACUUUACAGUAAUGCCCUUGAAUAUUGCUGGUUGACUUAAGUACCUUUCCAUGCCUGAAAUAUUGUGAUAUGUGCACUAUUUGGAUGGUUAUAUUAUUAUUUUUCUCUUAGUUUUGAUUCAAAAAGAGUUUAUUGUAAUUACACAAGUACAGAAAAUUGUGUGGAAAAAAUCAAAACACGUUACAAGAGACAUUUUGUUUAGAUUUUUAUUGAAAUAUCCCAUUCUUUACUGUGUAAUUUGAUUUAUUUAUGAUUAAAACUGUUCUAUUAAUGCUGCUUGUAACAGUUUUUGCUUGUGGCAUAACAAGACAAUAUGGUGCAGACUACAGUUGGAAAAUUAUAGAAACCUUGUUGUUUUUCUGUUUGUUGUUAUAGGAAACUAAGAUUUAAUUUACCAUACAUUUAACUAGUACAUAGUCUUAUAUAACUAGGAAAAAAAAGUAAAUUCAAAAUUUAAGCUUACUGAAAAUUAUAUGUUGAUGAAUUGAAACUUUUGUAACUUUUAAACCAUGAAUAAUUGUUUACUUAACACACAUUUUGAUUUUAUGUAUCUUCUUCUUUGUGUACUCAUUCUGCUCCCGUGAUUUUUGCAGAGCUCCAAGUUUAACAAGGUUAUGAGGCUGCAAUAUUUUUUGUGUAAUUUAAAUAUGACUGCAUGAUCAAUGAUUGAUUGCAUAGUCAAAGAUGGAAUUUCUAGAUUUAGAAAAGCUAAGUCUAGGUCUAGUGUUACCCUAUUUAUAGCUUUGUUUCUUGUUACCCAACAAUCUGACAAGUCAAAAGACUUCUAAAGUGUAGAUGUAUUUGUUGUUAUUAUUAUAAAAGAAUAAAAAUGUUAAGUUGCCA